ACGGUUUAUGUAACUUAUUGCUUAUUUUUUAUCUACGGUAUUGUAACGUUUGUUAGUAGUCGGGGAGUGAAGAUAUGGACUGUUGGUGAAAGAGAAACGUCAGCAUGUAAUUGUCUUUAACCCUGAAUGAAUUGUUGCUAGUGUAGCAUCACUGCAUCAGCUUGCUUAGUGGGGAACGGUGUCCCUCUUUCUCGAGCUGCACCAGUGCUGGAAACAUGACAGAGUUUUGGUUGAUCUCUGCACCGGGAGAUAAGACCUGCCAGCAAACAUGGGACAAAAUGAUGGCAGCCACCACGCGUACCAACAACCUCUCCACCAACCACAAGUUCAACAUCCCAGACCUCAAGGUUGGGACACUGGAUGUCUUGGUCGGGCUGUCGGAUGAACUGGCCAAAUUAGAUUCCUUUGUUGAAGGUGUGGUGAAGAAGGUGGCCCAGUACAUGGCUGAUGUGUUGGAGGACAGUAGGGACAAAGUGCAGGAGAACCUACUGGCCAAUGGAGUUGAUCUUGUCACCUACAUUACAAGAUUUCAAUGGGAUAUGGCAAAAUAUCCAAUAAAGCAGUCUCUUAAAAACAUCUCUGAAAUCAUCUCAAAGCAAGUAACUCAGAUUGACAAUGACUUGAAGACCAGAGCAUCAGCGUAUAAUAACCUGAAGGGAAACUUGCAGAACUUAGAAAGGAAGAAUGCGGGGAGCCUUUUGACCAGGAGCCUGGCUGACAUUGUCAAGAAGGAUGAUUUUGUACUUGAUUCAGAAUACCUCAUCACUUUGCUGGUCGUCGUACCAAAGACGGGAUACUCUGACUGGCAGAAAGCGUAUGAAACGCUUGCUGAGAUGGUGGUCCCACGGUCUUCACAUCUGCUAUUUGAAGACAGUGACAGUGGGCUGUUCAGUGUCACUCUGUUCAGGAAAGCUAUUGAUGACUUCAAACACAAAGCUAGAGAGAACAAGUUCACAGUAAGAGACUUUCAGUACAAUGAAGAGGAGAUGAAGGCAGAUAAAGAAGAGAUGACACGGCUCUCCACAGAUAAGAAGAAGCAGUUUGGUCCACUUGUACGGUGGCUGAAAGUGAACUUUAGUGAAGCCUUCAUUGCAUGGAUUCACAUUAAAGCACUACGAGUCUUUGUGGAAUCUGUUUUAAGAUAUGGGUUGCCUGUGAAUUUUCAAGCUAUGCUCCUGCAGCCAAACAAGAAGACCAUGAAGAAGCUGAGGGAGGUGCUCAAUGAUCUGUACAAACAUCUGGACAGCAGCGCUGCAGCUAUCAUUGAUUCUGCGAUGGACAUCCCAGGCCUGAACCUGAGCCAGCAGGAAUAUUAUCCUUACGUCUACUACAAAAUCGACUGCAACCUGCUGGAUUUCAAAGUUUAACACUUUAACUGAUCGUUUGUCUUUCUGAGUAUCUAUUAAGUUAUGUUUUUUCUUCAUCGGUCAAACCACUGCCUCCACCCACUCUCUCUCUCUCUCUCUCUCCCCUCCCUCGUCAGCUGCUUGAAUGACAGAGCUGCAUGUUCAUUCCUUGUGGUGAAAAGGCUUCAACCACUUUUACAACCAAGGCAAAAAAACAAACAAACAAAAAAACUUUUGAAAUGUUUUUGUUUACAGUUUUUCUUUUAAAGGCACGCUGAUAAUUAGCUUUUUCUCAACUUGAAAUCAAUUAAGAAAAAUGUACUGGAGAGCUAAACGUAUUUACUGUGUCAUUCCAUGUGUGCUGGUGUGAAGUGAUAGCCAUCUUCUGUAGCUGUGUUCAGAGAUUUGUGUUUACAUUUGGGCAAUUUCAUCAUUGUAACCAUGGCCACCACAUCUGGUAUGUGUUUCUGAGAUUCUGCACACAUUGUGAAACACAGAUGACUUUAUGUUGUUGUCUCAUGUUGUGUAUUUACUGUAAAACAAAAGAUAUCUAUAUCUGAGUAUUGUGUAAGCCAUUGAUUGAAUAAAUGUGAUGGAGACCACA